AUGGCGCUUACAACGGAUCAAUACCUAGAAAAGAUCGGUAGCUUUGGUCGCUAUCAGAUUCUUCUCCUCGUAUUCCUAAAUGGCCUGAUUUUCUUCUGGUUUGGUUGGCCUGUGAUGAUUCCGGUCUUCAUCACCGCUGAGCCACCGUGGAGGUGUGUGGCAAAUAGCAGCAUCUGUAAACUAAACGGCACCAUGAAUUCUAGACAUCCUGACUAUAGUUUCAGAUGUAAUAUUUCUCGUGAUCAGUGGGAGUUUGUGGACGAUUUCACUUCAGUCGUGACAGAGGUAACAUCAGUAAAAAAUCAAAUAGAUGCUUCUGCGUCCUGAUCUGAGUAAGCCCUGAUUGUUAGCACUUCAGAAGGUCUGCAAGGGGUCUGGCACUAAUAAUGCUCAUAUCAGCGCCAUACCCCUAGAGGACUUCUCCCCGACUCGUCUCAAAUCUUCCCGCGGGCUGCAAAACGUGCGUCCUGCAGUGCUGAUAAUGAGGGCCUUCUCACAGGCUACGUCCUGAUGAAUAUGAUGUCUUUGUUGGAAAGGACAGUGUAUCGCCUAGAGUCGAUGGGGGCUCUUCUAAUUUCAAGGAAAAAAGAAGUGCCAUUCGUCGCCUCUAAUUUUGUAAGAUACUUUGGGAGUAUUCUCAAAUCCUAGAAUGGAAUUUCUUCACACUCCCCUUGAGAGGUCUUUAACCCUUUAACUCCUAGAUCAAAUUUGUAAUUCUCCUUUCUGUCAAGAAAAUCCCCAAAUUGAUAUUUUUCUUUAUUCUCAUCACUUAUUUGGUUGAUUCUGUAUUGAUAUUGUAAGGAGAAAUUCUCUCUUGGUCAUUGAGGAGAGUUAAAGGGUUAACUGCUCAUUCAGAGGCGCCAACUAGAGCCUGUUCGUUGGUUCGAUGAGUGGUCACAUAAAUUAAAAGAGGCCUUUUUUCCCAUAAUGUAACUUGAAGAGGCAUUCAUGACCGUGGAGAAAAGAAGUAGUGGCUCAUUAUAGAUUUUCAGGAGGCAUUGCCAUUCAGAAAUAUCAAAUAAUGAUUUGGUUAUCAACUAAGUUAAUGAUGUAAAUUGGCCACAGCAGAGAGUUUCCAAGGUUAACCCCAGAGCGGCGAAGGACGAGUGGCUAACGCUCGAAACAUCCAUUUCCGAAACUCUUUAGGGUGGUCAAUUUACAUUGUAAAUUCAGCUGAUAAAACCAAAUCAUAAUGCAAUACCUCAACCUUUAUUAGGUAAUAUCAACUGCUUUCAUACUGAGCUAAGUGAUUAUGAAAAAUAACUUACUUUUUAAAAUAAAAGUUUUUUAUUACUAUUAUAAUUAAUAUUGCUGCCAUCCUUAGACCUUAUUACUGCCUGACUUAUUUGCCUAUAGUUUGAUCUGGUGUGCGAGCGUGGUUUGUACGGUACCAUAGGAUCAUCCAUGAUUUUCGUUGGCUUCUUUUUCGGAGGAAUUGUUGUUGGUCCUUUCAGUGAUAAGUUUGGCAGGAAGAUCACCAUGUACUUAUCUGGCCUCAUCUUGUCAGUCAUGAGUCUGUUGGCAGCUUUUCCUGAAGCUUUUUGGCUCUUUGCACUCCUCAGAUGUUUGAUUGGAUUCGGGAUAGGUCAGUGAAUUGACCAUAAGGAACGUUAAAAUGAAAAGAGUCUUUCCAGUCAGUGAUGAAACACAGUCACCUGUAUGUGAUGUAAAGUUCUACAAAAAUUUUUACGCCAUUCGAUAAAGCAUAGCGCUUGUAGUUCAUGCUGAGAGCAAAUGACAUUGGAAGAAACAGGACUAGGUCAUGUACCACCCAAAACUGCAUUACAAAAAGUGUUUUGGCAUCUUUUAAAAUGGAAAUUGAAAUUAUCGCAGGUAAUCUUGAAAGAAAAGUUUGCCCCAGAAACUAUACAAGUAUUGUGUCUACCUUAAACUAAAUAUGACAUUGGAGACAGACCGCACCUACUACACCUUCCGAAAAUUGUUUUCACAUGUGCCAUGAGAAUGAUUACCGAUGCCAUCAUGUUCAAUAUUGCUUAAUAGCCCGGCCACAAACCUGUUAUGCAAAAUAACAAAAUUGCACCUCCCUUUCCACCAAGAAAUCUAUUUAAAUAAUGAGAAGGUGCACCAAAGGGGUAUUCCUAACUAAGAAUAAUGACUUUUCUGUGAUAAACAGAGCAAAGGCUGGUUAUGAGGCGUGCGCUGUGGCUUUACGUGUACUUCCAGGUUAUUUAGUUGCUCUCAAAAUGUCGGUGUCUAAAGUCGAAAUUAGUUUAAGGAUAGAAAACAAGAGCUAACCACGCCAGCACUUUCAAGGUACACUAACUAUUCCUAAGUUACACCUUUGAAGGGUUAAGUAUGUAUAUUCAUGCCUCUUUUUUCUACAUCAGGCGGGUACAGCAUCGCCGCUUAUGUUCUUCUGACCGAGCUCGUUGGAAUUCGUCAUCGCAGCACUGCGGGCUGCUCCAUUUGGUAUUCCUUCAAUCUCUCCAACAUGGCGCUGGCCGGGCUGGCAUAUCUUGUGAGGGACUGGAGAAAGCUAUCAAUCAUAAUGGCGAUUCCAGCAAUUCCAUUCGUGAUUGGAUGGUUGUGAGUUGAUAUUUAUUUUUUUAUUAUUAUUUUUAAUGAGUAUAGAUAGCGAUACUUCCCCUUAUCGUGACCUUCAACAAUUAACAACCGCAACAUUCUUUCCUUACGACUCCCAGCAUCAUAAACGCUUACUUUUGCACGAAAUGAAGUUCAAUCUAUUUAUCAAAUUCAUUUCUUUUUCUCAGUCUUACUCCAGAGUCAGUGAGAUGGUUUCUUGUGAAGGGCGAAACUGAAAAAGCAGAACAAAUCCUCUACAAGGUUGCCAAAUUCAACAAGAAACCAAUACCUCAAGAACCGCUACAGGAUUGUGAGAAACAGCGACUGGGAGACUUGCGGGACUUGUUCAAGACGCGCGCUAUGACUCACAAAACACUCAUAUCUUGGUAUUGCUGGUAAAUACCUUCUGCUUUUUUUUUUUUUAAAUCAAUACCUAGCUCUAACAUCUGAUUAUUCUCUAAGUGGAUGGCAAAUUUGGAACAAAAACUCAAACUUGAUUGUUUACAUUUAAUUGUUUCACUGAACGACCCAAUUUCACUGGAAAUUCGCUCGGUACCCAUCAAGUAUACAAGAAAGUUUUAAAUUCAAUUGAUGAUUACCGUUAUUCCUGAUCAUAAAACAUUUUUAAAAUAAAAGAUAAAAGAUAAAACCGCUUUGCAGUUAAUAUAAGGAUAAAUAGUCAGUUAAGCCAAUCAAUCCAUGAACACUUAAUCAAAUAAAGUAUACGAGUUUUUCUCUCAUGAACAGGAGGCUUGCCACUGCAACUCAGCGUCAAAAAUCUCCAUGUGGAUCGAAAGAAAAUCGAGAAAAAGCCUGUGGCUUUUCGCCCCUUGACAUGACUGUUAUAGAGUUUUAGAAGAGUGAGAUGCCCCUAUUGGCCUCUACAAACAUACUUCUGCUGCAGAUCUGUUCAUGACGGCCAAACGCCUCCCCAUGUCUCUCCUUUUCAUUUCACACUGUCAUAUUUUCUGGCUUUGUCUUUUAUUGUAAACUGUGGUUUUUUCUUCUUUUAGGUUUGUGAAUGGCAUGGUGUAUUACGGAGUGUCUUACAGCUCUCCGUUUGUUGGUGGUAACGUGUACCUCAACUUCUUCAUCACAAGUACUGUAGCAUUGGUUGCCUACCCCGCACUUGCCUGGGGAUGUAACAGGUUUGUCUUUUACUAUUAUGUUAUGUGAGCCGUCAGUGAUCCAAGGCCCAGUUAUUGAAGUACGGUCCUGAUCGAAAAGCUGCUUUUCUUUUUGCUAUGUUAACCCAGUUUAAGACCGAGAUUUUGAUAGUUAGGAAAUUCAUACAAAAAUAGACAGAAUGACCUAAUUUUGAGCAUAUUCUUGGACUGCUAUUCCAUUGACGCAGAUUUCAAAAUAUGGCUUGGGUUUGUAAAGUGAAAGGGACUUUCGAGAAAAGGGCUCCUUUCUUUUGAAUCUCAUCAUACCGUUUUGGUUGGUUUUUGGUGAAUUCGCCACAUUUCAAGUCAUUCCCUACCACCUUUACUAGUGCGCCCCCUAGCGUUAAACAAGUCCCCCCAUCUUAAUUAUGCAUGACCUUUUCAACAGAUUUGGCCGCAAGAAGACCAUAUGCUGUGGUCUUUUCUUUUCUGCUGUUGGUUCUUUUGGAUCCGUUGUGCUCACUUUAUUUGACGAUGGGGAAAGUAAAGGUACGGACGCCGUUCAGUAAACACUUCUUGCUGUUGGAAUGGAAUAUUUGCAAAUUUAAGAUUGCUUACAAUUCCCACCUUUUGGUAGUUUAGUCGUUUUAUUCCAUUGAACAUAGUUAGUAGAGGAGACUCUACUAACUAUGCAUUGAAUGAUUAUAUGUUUAGCGAGGUCACUGAGAAACUCUAGUGAUGACAUUCCCCUCUCCACUUCAAUUCCCCGUUUAGUUCAUUUUAACAGAAGCAUAUCAUAUUUGUGCAUGUUCUCAGGCGUACGUUAUGAUAAAAUCUAAUUGUAGAUAGUUUUCAGACUUAUUUUGUCUUAAAACCCUCAUGCAUUUGACGUUCGCCAUUUGCAAGGAAUUUGAAAAGAAUGGGUGAAACGUCAUCUCUUCCAGAAAAUAUUUUCUCAUGCAUUUUAAUUUUUCCAUGGAGUCUACAUGUGACAGAAACUAUCCCCCAUGUAUUUGGUCCAAAGCCUCGAUAGCAACUUGUGACUCAAGACAAAAGACUCCGAAUUUCUAAGCGUUGACUAGUUAUCAUUGUACACUGUUUUAUACUCAACAGACCAUACUGGUAUCAUAAAUUAAAUUUUCUGUCACACAGCACGUUGCACGACGCCGUUCAUGUUAAGCUCAUACUUGUCUUGUCUAGUAACGCUAAAAAACUCAACAGAAAUGAAAAAAAAAAUCAACAACAAUAGCAACAAGUACAACCAGUUACGGCCGUUAGGAUGGCAUCUGUUUCAAACAUAAAUAGUAAAGUUGAAUUAUAACUGCUGACAGCCGUGUGUUUGCCUCUUUUCUAUCUUAGGAAUAUUGGCUGGAAAAAUCAUCUUUUCGUUGUGUAUUGCCAAGUUUUUCAUCGUCUUUGCUUUUGACGGAUUUUACGUCUACUCCGCUGAACUGUUUCCUACGGUUGUCAGGUACUUAUGCGCCCAUAUUUUCGGGGAAAGAAUGUUCCAGGAGCCAGACAUAAUGAAGUUAAUGACGAUGAAAAUAAUAAUGACUAUGACGACCACGAUGAUACUGAUGAUGAUAAUGAUAAAGAAAUAAAGUGCUGUAUAAUUUGAGAAAGUCAGUGCAGUGGAUUCUGAUCCAACUAAAGCAUAUUGGUAAAUUUAUCUGUUUGGAACAGACAUAACUUAAUGCUUAUCAAAUAGGUUAACUGCCUUUUUUAAACGUAUUACUAGUAUCCACUAAAGGCAUUAUCACUGGUCAUUUUUGGUUGUCGUGGUAACAUGAUAAUUUAAAAGAAUGAUGUUCACCUCAUAACUGAGUCAUCACCAACCGUUGGCCGAUGGCUGACUUAAACUCCUCGGCCGACAGGUGAACAACAGUUAAUGUUCUAAAAUGACCAAUUUAACUGUCGGUCGAAAGACGACCAACAGAUGACCGACAGUCAACCGACGAAUGAUCGAAAGUUAUUCGACAUACAAUAGGCAUUUACAGGACAGAUGGCCGACAAUCAACCGGCAGAUGUCCGACAGUUAACUGACAGACGGUCGACAGUUAAUCGACAGAUGUCUGACAGCAAACCAAUAACUAGACGACCGAUUGUCUUCCUUAGGGAUCUGAUCUUCACUUUUAGACCGAUUUUCCCACUCAUCUUUGUUCUUUUCACUCUCAGAAAUGUUGGAAUGGGAACUUCUACAUCUGCUGCCCGCGUGGGAUCAUUCCUAUCGUCUUACAUUGUUUAUUCGGUAAGUUUAAUUGCCCCUUUUGACUUUUAGCUGUCUCUCGGCAACCAUUUCUUUUCUCCAUCUCAGGCCUCAAUGGAUCAUUUCUUAAAUAAUCCUCUCCAUAGGUAAAAAAUUCUAGAAAUAUCCCGAGAAUGCAAUUCUAGUGCACAUUGACAAAGGCCGGCAUGUUAAGAGAAAUGCACUUUACAUGAAACGAGAUAUCAACGUAGAACUGAUUUAGCCAAUCGAAGUUAGGAUUCAGGCUUUAAGGUUGGCCUCGGUACGAGUAAUGGUGUGAGGUGCGGUGGCAAUCAAUGAAAACAGUGAAACAAUGAUUUUUGUUCUAUUAUUAAAAGUUGUUGUUAUUGUUGUAGCAACGUGUACACAAACUACUACCGUUUGGCAUUAUGGGUUUGAACGCGUUGAUAGCUGGGUUACUGUGCAUGACGUUGCCGGAGACACGUGAUCAACCAACCUUGGAAGUCAUGGAAACAACAGAUGAAGGACAAAAUAUGGAGCUGCUUGCUCAGGAUGAUGAAAAGAAAAAGAGGGCAGACGACAGCCAUCUGUAGCAAGAAGAAAACAAACAUACUAAACCGAAUAAUAAACAGC